AUGCGUGGCACCACUGGAUAUGUGAAAGUGAAAGUGUUACAGGUGAGCUACAAAGAUGCAAUUUUACUGCAGCGAUCUUGGUCUGAAGAUAGUUUAAACCCAGCGCCGGGUGUACAGGCGCCAUAUAGUUGUCGAAAGAGUCGCUCAUGCUGCGGAACAUACACCAUAGCAGGGUUCGAGUUCAAAAUGCGAAACAUUUUUAAUUUUUUUUAA